GUCAAACUUGUGUUUAGAAUUCAUCCGCUACGUAUCAGAGAUAGGAGAAAAUUUUACAAAUUGUGUCUCUUCAGUUUUUGCAGAUUUCAAAACGGAUUAACAUGUGAAUAUGUGUGUUAACUGAAAGUAUGGCUUUCAAGUGUAGGGAGGAAAUAGUUGGAAAGAGAUUUCUGUCUGUAAAAAGUCAGACGAAGUUAAAACUUGCCAAGAUUAGCGAGUGGGAAUGGCGAUCAGGCAUAGUGCGAGCGGUGUCCUCGCGAGACAACAGUCGGUCCGAUUUGUCGGCCCUGAUCGAGUUUGACGAGGCAGACUGGCAGCAGAGAGAGUGGCUACGAAUUCACUCUGUAUUCCAAGUCUUUCUUGUGGAGCAGACUUUGGUGUGGAGCGAGAGAUUGGAUCCAGAAAACAAGACUUCUUCGAUUGAAUGGCCAGCACUGAAUUUCCGAUCCAUUGUUGACAAGGUUGGUCUGAGCAGCGGCAAAAAGCGACCAAUCGAGUUUUUUGAUGACCAGACUCUAGUGUUUGUGGAUGAUAAAAGACUCCGCUGUUACCAGGAGGUUGAGAAUUUGAGCAACCCAGUUUUUGAAGCUUACCCAAGUGUUGGUCAAGCAGUGAAGAACUGGCUGGACUAUCAGGACGGCCAGAAGAUCUUGUUGACCACACCUACAGUGCUGGUAGGGUACCGUCUGGAGGUUUACCGUGCUGAGGGAACCACGCAGUGGUACACCGCAGUGAUUCAAUCCUACAACCACACUACCAAGACUCUGUCCCUGACUGAUGAUACUGUACUAGAGGAACACAAUGAAGACCCAGCUCUUAUCCAGAUGCGCCUUAUUGACGAUGGGGUGGUGGAUUCAAUUUUACGAGGAGUGGAAAUAGGAAUUGGUCCUAGGAGAACACGCCAGACAAAUAAAGAACAACAGACGAACACAACAAGAAAUCCAACAUCCAAACAAGCACCAUCCAACACAGACAAAAAUACAUCUGUUCGGAAUAACAAAAUCAAACCGAAGGAUUCAACACUAAAAGCUGGGGAGCAGCAGGAGUCAGAAAAAGAUAAACCCAAAGCUGGAAAACCGGUGGCAGUCAAAGACAGGAAAAGGAAACCAAUUGACUUCUCGGAGAAUUCUAGUGACUCUGCGGACGGAAACUCAGGAAAAAGAUCUCGUUCAGUCGAGAAAAAAGUGACAAAAUCUGACGAUAGCAAACCUGAUCAAUCCAAGGCAGCGGCAGACUCAUCCAAAUCAAAAUCUGAACAAAGAGCAGUGAAAAAAGACACGUCUAGUGAUAGCAAGAUCUCAAAGGACAAAGCUCCCUCCAAACGAUCCCGGAAAAAUUCGAAUUCUGAAAGUCCUGCAAAACAAUGCUUAAAUUUGCGACCAAGCCGAACUAAGAAGGACUUACCUAUCUGUGAUUCCGCGUCCCAUCAUGAGAGUUCCCCGAACUCUCCCGACUCGAGAGACACCGGCAGCGUAGUAAGCUCAGUCUGUGAUACCCAAUCCUUGGGCGAAUGCCCGUCAACUCAGGAGUGCCAGUCUGACGAAACCAAUAUAGAAGAUAAUAUGCACUUUAUGAAACAGAGGUUGUUAGCUAGCAAUACCUCUUCUGACAAAUCACCGGCUCAGAUUAAUGCCAGUAUCGAUGUCAAUCGCUCGGUGACUGAUCAAAUUGCCAAACUCUCCCGCGCUGAAAGUGCCGGUUCAAACCAAGAGGAGGAGAAAUCUAAUUCACCUAAUAAAUCUGUCUCGCCAAAAUCCACGGGUAGCUAUCUGUCAUCCAUUUCCACUGCCGAUUUUUAUUUACAUGAACACGGCAAGGAGCUACGGAAUAAUAAUAAUAUCAGUGAUCUUGUGUCCGGAUGUAAUUCUCUUUCAAACAGUCUGAAUAAUGAUGACCUUCGAUCAAGUUCUCGAGCUAGUGAACACUCUAACUCAGGAUUAAAUGAGGAUAGGAGACCAGCAUCUCGACUCGAUGAUCUUAGAUCAUCUCAGAAAAACAGUCCAUCUUCUAGUCCGUUAAUCAUUGAUAAAACAGAACCUGUGCAUCCCUAUAGGGACCCUGAACUCAUGAGAAAAAAUCCAGUACAUAGCAAUGUUCAUGGCAUGCUGGGAAGCCAUAAGAAGCAGUCAUAUCCCAGCGUUCAUACUCCCAUCCCAUCAGCAGCCACCCCAACCCCCUCAAUCCCUGCCACCACCUCCUACCCCUCACAUCCCAUCCCCCCUAACCAUGUGAUCCCAGCACUACAGUACCCUCCCCAUCACCUGACUGCCGCCCUGGGCAUGCAUCCUUCCCUGGCUCAGAUGGACCCUUCACAAUUAGCAGCUCUCCAACACCAACAGCUGGCUUCCAUGCAGUAUCAGCUGCUUUUGUCCAGGGGAGGCUACCCCGCCAACCUCACCAUGCCCCAGCUGGAGCACCUGUGGCAGAAGACCUACCCAUCCAUCCCCAUCCCACCCCAGUACUUACUGCCAAAGAACCGGGAGGAUCUCCUCGGUCACUUGUUCUCCAAGGAACGGGAGUUGAUUGAGCGAGAACGGAUGGAGAGGGAACGCAUGGAUCGGAUCGAGAAGGAGAGGAUGGAACGAGAUCGGCAGCUGGAGAGAGAAAGACAGGAACGCAUUGAGAGGGAACGUGUUGAAAGAGAGAGAGACAAAAUUGAGCGAGAACGAGAACAGGCAAUGAGAGAGCGUGCUGAGAAGGAAAGAAUGGAAAAAGAACGUCUGGAACGAGAACGGAAAGAAAGAGAGGAGUGGAAAAGGAUGGAACAUGAGAGGGAGCAGAAGAAGGAGCGGGAGCGGAUCCUGAAGGAAUCGGCCGAUACAUUGGCAGCUGUGGAUGACCACUUUGCCCGCUCACUACGGAACAAAGAGGGUGGAAUGGGAGGCGUAUGGGCUGUCCCCUCUAUAACAUUAGGGACUGCUAAAUCUGGACCAUUGAAUAAAAUGGAGGAGAGUAUUAAACCCAUGGAUGACAAGCAGGAGCGAGAGCAAAUGUUGAAGGCAAUUCGACAACAGGAACGAUAUCUGGAGACAGAGAAAUUCUACAAACAGAGCUACGAACAGCAGAAAGUUUAUGAACAGCUUCAGAAAUCAGAAAUAAAGUCAGAGAAACUCCCUAAAAGUGAGGCGUACAAAGUUUAUCCCCCUAGUAGCAGUGCCUCAAUUCCUGUGAAGGCAGAAAAACCAAACUUCAGUUUAUAUGGUUAUCAACCGUUCCAACUUUCCUACAUUUCCCCUGAUCAGCUUCAUCUCCAUGGUCUGGACAAGAAAGACGAGAAACUUAAUAUUGACUCUUCUAAACAAAGUCUAGCCCACGCAGCAAAUAUGGCUAGUCAGAUGUCGUCUGCUCCUCCCCCACUCAUCAAGGACGGCCAUAGUUCAGUGAUUGUCACUAAUCGUAGCAAGGAUGGUUCCAAUUCCACUAGUCCACGCCCCGCACAUUCGCAUCAUACUCAACACAUCUCCUCACGUUCACCUCGGCAGCCAAAGCCAGCCCACACCCCAAAUCAUCACCACGGAAGUCCACACCAGGAACAGUCUAUUGAUCUCUCCUCUUCCUCCUCGGGACUGCAGGUAUCGGCUUUGUCGGCAUUUAGAUCCACCGAAUCCAAACAUAUCGGACCAAGAACACAGAGCCCCCUGCGUGUGGCGAGUCCUCACCAGUUAAACGUGGCAGUGAUGCAGCAGCCGGUGAACUAUCACAGGACUGAUGUAAAGCCCCAUACUAGCCCUUCAUCUAAAUCCCCCGUCUCUUCCAGUGGCAGUAAUGUUCCGUACAUGUCGGCGGCAAUUGCCCAGCCCCCCGUGUCCUUACCCACAGGAUCAGUGGACUACAGCUGCAGCCUCAUUCAACAGGGUCUGGUUCCUAACCCCAUCUACUCUCAGAACAGUGUCAACCCAGCAGCAGAACAUCACCAUGGCAACAGUCACAGUCUGUUGACAACCACCCACAGUAUGGCGCCUACCUCGUCACAUAACACACAAUCUUCAACAGGGCAACAGGGCGUCAAACGCAAGCCAAACAAGGAAGGCAGCAAUCGUAAACGACAGAAAGGAGACACCAGGGCUAAUAAUCCUGGUUUAGGGGGUGGUAUUCCAGUCACCACACCCCAGAUAUUGACUAACCCCUCACCCUAUACCACCACUAGCAGUCAGACUUCUGUCAGUUCCUCUGCAGCGACCACCUCAUCAGCAAUGUCAAUGCUUCUCUCUUCCACUUCAUCCACUCCCACACCAGGAACCUCGGGAUUCAUGGACAGCUUUAAGUCUUUUGUAGAGAAUGCUGUUCAAAAUGCAUUUUUUCAGGACUCUGAUUUAACAGACAGUAAAAAGAUUCCUGUUCCUCCGCCCCCUCCCCCUCCUCCUCCCUCACAACCAAAGUCAGACCCAGCCCCGAAUCUGCCAAGUGAAGAGUCCAGUCUCAUGGGCUCUAGUAACCAAUCGACUCUGAUGGACACAAUAACCCGUGUUGCUAAUGGUCAGAUAAAUGAUACAGACAGUGAUACACUCAGUGCUCCCAGCCCCCCACCACAUAUCAGUAACCCCUUAUCCCAAAGCAAAGCUGCCAACCACCCAAAACUCAAAAAGGCGUGGCUUAAAAGACAUUCAGAUGAAGACAAGUUGGAGACAAAGGUGGAACCCGGGUCACCUUCAACAGAAAAUGAUAAUGACAUGUCGCCCAAAGCAGAGGACAAGCUCAAGAACUGUUACGUGAAUCUGACAAACAUUUCUCCCAAAAAAGAGCCGGGAACCAAAUCUCCAGUUAGUGCUUACAAACUUCCAAAUGGAACUAUUGGGAAAGAUAAAGAUGAUGAAUCCACCACGUCAGCAUCAGAGACGGAGUCGCAGCAGACGAGCGACUCCUCCCCUCAGAAAAGGAAGGUCCCCUCGAAGAAAUCACAGCCCAGUAACAAGAAAUCCAAAGGGGAUAGUGAUGACAGCAGUCCAGCACCCACUACUACCAACAAAAAGAAACAAGUCAGGAAAAAGGAGGGAAAAGACAGCAAGAAUGUUAAGAAUAAGGAGGUCCCAGAGGAAGAAAAAACUGUCAAGAAAGAUAACGCAAAUGUUAUGGCAUCUGGGAAAAAGGAAAAGAGCAAAGAGGUUCCGAAGGUCCGGGCACCAAGCCCCGAGCCCAUGGAUGUGGACCAGGACGUCAAGAAAGAAAAGUCAGAAAAAUCGUAUGACAGCUCAUCAUCCUCUAAGGCAAAGAAAGUGAAGAAACAGAAAGAGCAGCCCCCCAAAGUCGAGUCUUCCACACCCACAGAGCCUGGCCCAGUCCAACCCCAGGCAGUGCCUGUUACUCCUACACAACCAUCAGGUGGGUCCUCCUACAGCAAGCCCCCUGUCUCGCUGCUGAAGAAGACCGGUGAUCCAUUUCUACAGGACGAUUCGUGCAGUGAGGUCACCCCAAAGCUCAUGAAAUGUCGCGAGUGUAAGAUGACCCCUACACAACGCAGCAAGAAACUGCCCAACAUCUUCUGUCGAUUCUACGCCUUCAGAAGAUUAAGGUACAGCCAGAGGGGUUUUCUAAUGAUUGAUGGUUUCUCGGAACUCUCUGAUGCAAUCAAUGACGACAUAGAUCCCUGGCUACCCAACAUCCCCGUCAUGGAACCAAAAAUAGAUAUAGAGACUGCCAAAUACAUUGUGGCUAGGGUUGGGGAUAAAUUCUGUCAGCUUGUUCAGCAGGAGCGGGAAGCCAAGAACUUAGCGGGGGAUGAAGCAAAAAUAGCGUGGAAAAGGGCCGUGACUGGAGUGAGAGAAAUGUGUGACGUCUGUGAUACAACAUUGUUCAACAUGCACUGGGUAUGUCACAAGUGUGGAUUUGUAGUGUGUCUGGACUGUUAUAAAGUUCGUCUUCGGGCGCUUCAACAGGAUAGCGGGGACGAAGGCGACGAGAGCGACCCGUAUAACGGGGUCCAACAGGAGGAACAGCGGGACUGGCUGACCUGUAGCGCCAAUCGACAGCAGCAUGAGCCGGACAAGCUGAUGCUCACCCAGAUCAUUCCCGGAGAUGCAUUAUGGGAGGUGGGGAAACUGAUCCAUGACAUGAAGAAGAAAUGGAACAUCCCCUGCAAGUGUUCCUGUGGGCAGUCCAACUCCAAACUGGUGCAGAAAAACGGCAUUAACCAGCAAUAUGUUCAGCAGGCUAUCAACCACUUGUCAAACAAUAAAUCCAAAAAACUGAUGAAUGGCAUUGCAGAGGAUCACAAGAUGUACAAGGGCAAGAAGGAGUCCAUCAAUGGCAACAUUAAGUACAACCCCAACAGUUCCUCUCCUCUCAAUCUUUUGGCUGAUGUCGCGUCUAUGGAUUCAGAGACAAGUCGCGAUCGCAGCGAGUCACCUUUUGGCAAAAACAUUGACAAGUUUGGCAAGUCUUAUAACCCUAUAACAGAGCCGGUGUCUCCGUGUGGUGGCGGGAAUAAUGCUGGAGAUGGGGACAAUGAUAAAAAGAACCCCGCCAGCUGCUCAACAUUACGGGAACUGCUGACCAAAACUGCAGGGAAAGUCAAGUCGGAUAACAACAACAAAAAAUCCAAAACCAAGUCCAGCAGUAGCACACUGGAUGAUAUCAUCCAGUCCGUGGUGGAGAAGCAGUUACCUCGAGACGAAAAUAGCCAACCAAUCAGGUUAAUGCAUUACAUUCCUCGUAUGGGACAUAGCAGCAUGCUGACGCGGGACACGCCCAUUUUGGUUCACAACCUGACAGAGACCAGUGUGUUGUAUCCCGAUGUUCCUCACUCCUGGCUCUGUGAUGGCCGUCUUCUACGACUCCAUGAUCCAAAACACAAAGGAAACUUCAAAAUCUUCCAGGAGCAGUGGAAGAGAGGUCAGCCUGUGAUUGUGUCAGGAGUGGAUAAACUCUUAAACAGAACUCUCUGGCAUCCAUCCUCCUUCAGUAAGACGUUUGGAAAGGAGAAGAAUGACGUGGUGAACACAAUGUCUGGCGUGGUCAUCAUUGGACACCCCAUGUCCGUGUUCUGGGAUGGGUUCGAGAAGCUGAGAGAACGUCUGCUGGACGAUGAUGAAGAACCCAUGCUUCUGAAGCUGAAGGACUGGCCGCCUGGGGACGAUUUCAGUGAUCUCAUGCCAAACCACUUUGAUGAUCUCAUGCAAGCUCUUCCUCUGCCCGAGUACACUCAUCGCCAUGGUAAACUCAAUCUGGCAUCUCGCCUUCCUGACUUCCUGGUGAGGCCGGAUCUUGGGCCAAAGAUGUACAAUGCAUACGGAUCUGCUAAAUACCCUAGUGAGGGUACCACAAAUCUCCACCUGGAUGUCUCAGAUGCUGUCAACUGUAUGGUGUAUGUUGGAAUCCCACCCGACGGUCCCGGCGGCAAACAAGCUCACAUCAACAUGGCCAUCAAGGCUAUCGACGAUGCAGGCUGUGACACCAUGACAAAGAAACGGGUGCGAGAAACUAAUGAGGUUCCCGGUGCUCUCUGGCACAUUUAUGAUGCUAUGGAUGCGGACAAGAUCAGAGAUUUUCUGAACAAGGUGGGCAAAGAGAGGGGUGAGGAAAUUGAACCCCACCAUGACCCAAUUCAUGACCAGAGCUGGUACCUGGAUGUGGAUCUGCAGAACCGCCUAUACAAAGAAUAUGGGGUGCUGGGAUACACAAUCGUACAGUGUAUGGGGGAUGCUGUGUUUAUACCAGCAGGUGCCCCUCAUCAGGUGAAGAAUCUCCACAGCUGUAUCAAGGUUGCUGAGGACUUUGUCUCACCAGAACACUUAAACCACUGCUUCAGCCUCACCCAGGAGUUCAGACUGCUGUCUGACACACACACAAACCACGAGGACAAGUUACAGGUGAAAAACAUCAUGUACCAUGCAGUGAAGGAUGCUCUGGCAGUCCUGAAUAAUGUCGAGCCAGAUGAGGAUUAAGGACAUUUUGGAUUGGGUGGGGGUGGGGGGGGGGGGGGGGGGGGUGAAAGAAAGGAGCCAAAGAAAAAAAUGACAGGGACAGGAAAAUGAGGAUAUGGACUGACAAGCCUGGGAAUUCUGUGUAAAGGAAAGUUAACCUGCAGAAAUAGUGUGAUAGUGAGAGACCUGUCUCGAUAUUAUGGAUUGUAUUUCAUUUGUGCUGAGUGACACACAUUUUCAGUCUGGCCUUCAAAAUUUCCAACUGGAGGAAAGGGGCCCAAACUAAACAUAUCAUACCGACCUACAUACAACAAAAGGCUCAAUGUCCGACCUAUCUAAAGGUGUUACAGGAAUUCUAUGUCGCCCUGUGAUAUGUCUACUGCUGCGGCGAAACGCACUGCCACUGCGGGAGAACUAAAAACACUGUGCUGUCAGAGUUAUACUCAUUAACCAAUGGAUAGACCAAGAGUGCUAUGCUAUUUAUGGAUUUUUGUUUUCUGCAGAUUGGUGGAAUAUUUUGUUGUCUGUUUAAUUUUGUGAAUUUCUGACUGAUCCUUGGGGUCUGUACGUGGAUCCUGGGGACUUGUGUACACUUCCUAGCUAGGAACAGAAACACAUUGAUCUCAUAACAUUUGUAGUGUAUAUCAGGGAGCUAUGUACCCACUCAGUCUGCAGUUAUCUGUGACCUUGAGGGGUGAAGGUCAAGUGUGACAAACUAUAGACUGAGUUUGAGGCUGGUACAUUGAUUUGAAUCCCUGCUAUAGGGAUACUUUGCAUGAGGGGAGAAAAAAAGGGGGGAAGGUGGCAUGCAUCGUGUAAACUUGAUAGAACUAAUACAUAUAGGAUUAAUGAUAAUAAACAGAUGUAUCCUACAUAGAACUCUGAACUUGGCUUUACUUCAGAGGUAUUCAAUUAGGAGCUCUCUCAUCGCUUUACUCCUAGAAGGGGCGUUUACAUAAUGGCCGCUUUAGGAAUUUUUUUUUUUUUUCAUUGUAUCCUGACCAUUUAAAAGUUUAUUGAUAUGAUAUGUUGAUGUCCUUAGAUAUAUAUAUUAUAUGAUGCAGAUUGCUUUUUUCAGCUAGGACAAACGCGAGUCAUGUUUUUUUUUUUUUCUGUUUGUGUACAGGCUUAUAUUGGCUGAGAUAUAUAUAUUAUAUAUAUACUUAUAUAAAAUAUAUUCUAUAUAUAUAGAAGUAAUUUGAAAAAAGAAAAAAGUGCAAAGUUUAUUGAUUGUUUUUCCUAGCUUCAUAAAUGUCCCAAAGUUUAUCAUGUCAGAUUAUAUAGUACUACAUCUUAACAUGGAACUCGCCAUAUAUGGACGAGAACAUGUUAAACUGUUCACAAAUUGUUGGGGAAAAUUCUGCAUUAAAAGUUUAAUACUGCA